AUGUAUCCUGAUUGUGUCCGUGGAUCAGUAUUGGAAUUGGGUGAUGGAUUUUUGGCAACUUCAAUGGAUUUUGCUCGACUUGUUAGAGUGAAUCAAGUUGCAACGAGGAAGGGUUUAUUUAGAGAACAUUAUGAUAAUAGUAUGAUACAAAUAGAUACAAGUAAUAUUAUACGAUUAAUUAUCUCAACAUGGCUCUUACUAUCAUGUGGCGGCUUUGCAAUGAUUGUUGAGAUGGUUUACAUGUUAUUAAACUCGAGGAAAGUAUCAUCCCCGAAUAGAGAUUCAAAAACUGAUGAUAUCAAAUAUCUACUAUUGAAGAAUGAAAAGUUUACCUCUCUUUUCAAAGAGUAUUGUGAAGGAGAAUUAAGCGUUGAAAAUUACUUCUUCUAUCAGGAAUUGAUCAAUAUUCAGAAUGCAAAUUGUGUUUCCAAAGAACAAUUACAAAAGUUGGAAUCCAAAUUCAUCAACACUUAUGCAGUAUUCCGUGUAAAUAUUUCAAAUAAUUGUAGGAAGGAAUUCUACAAGACUUUAAAAGAGGUUAAGCAAUCUACAACCUCUAGUUUUGUUCUUGAUCGUUAUCUUGAAGAGAAACCAAAAAGUGAUCAAGACAGGAAACGAGAAUUUAAAAGCUUAAUUGUACAUCAAUCCCAAGAUAACCUAAUGGAGCAUGUUGACAUUUCAGAGAAUGUUGUAAAUACUCCACUCUCAUCACCACCAAUAAGGAGUCACAGCAGUAGCAAUGCUUCUUAUCUGAAGGAUAGUUUGAGUAUUAAAGUUUGUGGCACGAUUGAAAAUUUACUGCUCGGCAUUCAAUUGAAUAUUCAAGAGACUUUCACCCGAUUCCAAAAUACUAGAGAAUACAGACAAUGUCUUGCUGAGAGCAGUGAAUUAUCAGCAGUGGCCUCUACAUCAACUACGCCCAACUCCAACAACAGGAAGAACCUUGCAGUAAGAUUUGAUGAUGAAUAA